AUGGAAGCUGCUGCUAAUUCCGAUCUAUCUAGUGUUUCUACUGGUAGUUCCACUAAUCUCACGAUUGACUCUAAUAGUCCUCUCUAUACGCAUCCAUAUGACAGUCCUGGAGCUAUGCUUGUGCCGGUGCAGUUCACCAGAAUCGGAUAUCGAUCAUGGAGACGCAAUCAUCCUUCUUAUCGACAAUGGGAACGAUGCAACGACAUUGUUACGUCUUGGAUUUUGAAUUCGCUGUCAAAGGAAAUUGUUGAUAGCGUUGAGUUUAUUAUGAGCUCUGAUGAUCUAUGGAGAGAGCUGGAGCAUUGCUAUGAACAAACGACUGGUGCGAAACUGUACAAAAUUCAAAGGGAAAUUAAUGAUCUGUCUCAAAGAUCUCUUGAUAUUACAGGGUAUUAUACCAAGUUGAAGAAACUCUGGAAAGAACUCAGUACCUUGAAUGUCAUAGCUCAAUGUAACUGUGUUUGUAACCGUGGAGCCAAGGUUCUUGCUCAUAAAGCUGAACAAGAUAGGCAUUUGAUUCAAUUUCUCAUGGGCCUGAAUGAGAUCUAUUAUGUAAUUCGUGGAAGUAUACUUAUGAUGAAUUCACUCCCUAAUAUGGCGCAAGACUUCUCGUUACUUGUUCAGGAUAAACAUCAGAGAGAGAUCAAUCCCCCGAAUCACUUUAAUGUGGAGUCGACUGCUUUACAUGUUGGUUCUGGUAAGGCCUCUCAAUCUUAA